AAACUGGUCUUUUGGGCAACACCUCUAUUCACCCCCCCCCCCCCUCUAGAGGUGUGCGAGGCGUCUAACAAGUGGUAUCAGAGCGAGGGAUUUUCAAAGCUUUACCGCUGAAAAUUUAAAAAGAUCAUGGCUGGAAGAACAUUUCAACCCGGAGUUGCCAAAGGACAAUCCACGACAAGGCCACCACUCUUCAACGGCACAAAUUAUGCUUAUUGGAAAGAGAGGAUGAGAAUAUUCAUCCAAUCAAAUGAUUAUGAUUCUUGGCUGGUGAUCAAGCAUGGAGAGACGGUUCCCACGAAGAUUGUUGACGGGAUUCUUGUUCCAAAGUUAGAGACCGAAUAUACCUCAAAUGACAAGAAGAAGAUGCAACUAAAUGCAAGGGCCAUCAACUUUCUAUAUUGUGCCGUGAACCCGGAUGACUAUCGGAAAAUCUCAAGGUGCAAGACAGCCAAUGAGAUGUGGAACAAAUUAGAGGUCACAUAUGAAGGAACAAGUCAAGUGAAGGACUCAAAGAUCGACUUGCUCACCCAUGAGUAUGAGCUUUUUAUGAUGAUGGAAAAUGAAACAAUAGAUGGCAUGUUCGAGAGAUUUUCAACUAUCAUCUCAAAUUUGGAUACACUUGGGAAGUAUUAUGAGGAUCAUGUUCUCGAGUUAUUGAAACAAAUGCAUUUUUCACUACCCCACAAGACAAAGCCAGAGGAAUCUCAAAUAUGUGUUUUUGGAAAUAGGCCUAACAAAAGAGCUGCAGUAACAAGAACUUUCCAAGAAGCUUGUUUUGAAGGUUCAUCUCUCAGAGAUGUAGUGAGAGAGAAUCAUUUCCAGUUUUUUGACAUUGGUUACCAAGUUGAAAUACUACCCCAAGAUAGUGGCAUUAGAGGAUGUUGGUUUAGAGCUUUGGUGAUCAAGAAGCACAAUAAUAAGGUGAAAGUGCAGUAUAAAGAUGUUAAAGAUGCUGAUGAUGAAGCUAAGAAUCUUGAGGAGUGGGUUUUGGCAACUAAGCUCGCUGCCCCAAACAAAUUGGGUCUCCGAAUGCAUGGGCGAACUAUACUUCGACCUUCUCCAUCAUCCCAUAAGGGCAGAGUUUCAUGGGUAUUUAAUGUUGGAGAAUCAGUGGACGCAUGGUGGAAUGAGGGGUGGUGGGAGGGCAUUGUUGUCCAUAAGGAAUCUGAAAACAGGCUACUUGUCAAUUUUCCAGGAGAGAAACGAACAGAAAUCUUUAGCCACACUGACUUGAGGCAUUCACAAGAAUGGUUGAUGGAUGGCUGGAAACAUCUCAAGGACAGACCGGACCUUGUCCCUUUGCUGUUUGGUGGCGAGCCCGCGGUGAAGGAAACCAUGAAAGCGUCACAUGAUGGUACGCUUGCUAAUGGGAAUAUCUCCAAUUCCGUGUGCACGAGAUAUGAAAAACCUAAAGAACUUAGAGUCAAAGUCGUGUUUAGCAAAAACACUAAUUUGGACGCGAUGAUGGAAAGGGCAUGUGAUGAUCUGUCCAAGGAUGACCGACUUGGUCAGUUGAAGUGGAAGUCUAAUAAGAAGAGAAGACUAUGUAGAAGCCCUCCUGCCGCUAACAAGGCACAUUUUUGCUCUGUGAACCUUCCCUCAUCCAUUAAAGUGGAACCCGAAAAGUGUAAAUACAUCAUUGACUCCCUCUUCAAGUCCUCAGCCGUCUCUCCCCUGAACAACCUAGUCAUGUCUCAGUGAUGACGACUGACUUCCAAUUUUCUCAGUUUCUCCGUAUUUGUAUGCGUUUCGGCUUCACAAGGCUUUGAAGCAGUGUUCCCUGGCCUUCUGUAUAGCU